GGCAGGGGGAUAUUGGGGAGGGGGCUGCGGCAAGAGCCGGAUCCAGCACCCCGGGGUGGGGACACGACGUGGGAGGGGCGAGGUGCUGUGGCCGUGGCCUGCGGCGAGCGCGUGGGGUCUCAGCCGUGCGGCGAGCGCGUCGGGUCUCAAGCUGACGCCUGCGUCCAUCGGUGUGUGUCGUCCCCCCCCCGCCCCCCGCAGUGGGAGAGCGGUGGCGGGUGACACACACUCCCCCCCACCCCCCCCAACAGCUGUCCUGCGUCCCCAGCCUGUCCCUACCUUGUCCCCUCGGGGUGAGCUGAGUGUGUCUGUUCUCAGCAGGCUGCUCUUUGCACGGCGCCUGACGCCAGGGUGAUGGGUGCCCAUGGCUGGGGUGCCCGGGGUCGGGUGGGGGGGGGGGACGGGACCUGGGGACAGUGAGGAGGGUUUUCCCGGCUCUGACGGGGAAACUGGCGAGCGGGAGGUCCCCGGGGAGGUGACGGGACAAGCCCGGGCUGGGUGCGAGCCAGCCCCGGGCGUGGGGAGGUGACGGGGCGGAGGACGCGCACCCGAAGCGCCCGGACCCACACGCCUCCGACGCUCGUCGCACCCGCAUCCACCCCGGCCCAGCGGGGGGCAGGGGGUCCCGACCCCCCUCCGACCCCCCCACCCCCCGGCCUCGGCUACCAUGAAGCGGAUCUUCUCCUGCUCCAGCUCGCAGGUGGCGGUUGAGAGCUGGAACAAGCAGGACCAGAAGCUUUUGGAAGCGGUGGAGAAGGGCGACGUGGGCAGGGUGGCCGCCCUCGCCUCCCGCAAAACCGCCCGCCCCGCCAAGCUCAACGCCGUGGGACAAUCUGCCUUCCACCUGGCCGCAUCCAGGGGUCUCACCGAGUGCCUGACGCUGCUGCUGGCCCACGGGGCCCCCGUCAACGAGAAGAACGAUGACGGUAGCACCGCUCUGCAUCUGGCCACCAUCGCCUGCCAGCCCCAGUGCGUCAAGGUCCUGCUGCAGUACGGUGCCAACGAGGGCCACGUGGACGGGCAGAACCGGACCCCCCUGCACUGGGCUGCCUCCUCGGGCUGCGCCUCCAGCGUGCUGCUGCUCUGCGACCACGAGGCCCUCCUGGAUGUCACCGAUGCCCACGGACAGACCCCCCUGAUGCUGGCGGCGCGGGGGAACCACGCUGCCAUCUGCGCCCAGCUCCUGCAGAGAGGGGCCGACCCCAACCUGGCCGACAAGGACAAGAAGACGGCCCUGACGCUGGCCUGCGAGCACUGCAGCGUGGAAUCGGCCGAGCUGCUGCUGAGCCACGGGGCGGCCGUGGGGGACGAGGACCGCUGGCACUACGCCACGCACACCCCCAGCCGGGCGCUGCGGCGGCUCCUGCGUCGCGCCCGCGGCGGGGGGAGAGAGAACGGCACCGGCUGUGCCGGCGACCCCCCGCCGCGGGUGGGAAGCCAGGGAGAGGGGACGCUGAGCAGCGACAGUGAGGAAGAGGAGGAGGAGGAGGAGGAGGAAGAGCAGCAGGAUGGGCGCGCUGUGCUGCGGCUGCAGGAGCGGCUGGUGAGGAAGACGCGGGAAUGCCAGCGGCUGGCGGCUGCCGCCGCCGGCAUCCGGCAGCGGGUGCGGGAGCUGGCGCGGCUCCUACCUGGCGGCAAAGCCGGGGAUGGGACGGAGGAUGAGGAUGGCGCCUGCCUGGCCCUGCUGACCCAGCACGUGGAGGAGCUGAGGAAGAGGAUGAUGGCCGAGGAAGACGGGGAUGGAGGACACCAAUCCGUGGCACAGCUCGAUGGUGGUGCCGGCGUGCCGGCGCUGGCGCCGUUCCUGACCUGGCUGGGGGAGGAGUGUGCCAAAAUGCGGGCAGCGAAGGCGAGCGCCGUCAUCCGGAGCAAGGGGCUGCGGAAGGAGGUGGAGGAAGCCCUGCGGAGCAAACUGCACUACGAGGUGGUGUCGGCCGACGCCGUCCGGAAAAGCCUGGUGGCUUGGGAGAAGCUGGUGGUGGGGCUGGAGCAGGCGCUGAGCCGCGCCGACGAGACCCACGCCAAGAUGCUCGAAGGAUCCCGCGUCCUCCUGGAAAACCUCCGGCGGGAGCCGGCACGGCCGCUCGCCGGGACGGCGCCUUCCCAGUGCCUGGUGAACGGCACGGAGCCGGUUCUGUGUGGGAAAAGCCAAGAGGAGCCGCCGCGGGAGGGUGGGAGGUUGGAGAAGGAGCUGCUGGAGCUGAAGGAGAGCAAUGGGAUGCUGCUGGGGGAACUGGCCCGGCUGGGCCGGGAGCGGGAACGGCUGCAGGAGGAGCUGCGGCGGCUGCAAGAGCGGGACGCCGGUAGCGAAGUGGCAGCGGAAGGUUCCGGAACGGCUACUUUGGCCCGGGAACUGGCGGCCGAGCGGGAGGAGGCGGCGCGGCUGCGGCGGAGGCUGGCGGGGCAGCGGCGGGAGCUGGCGGCGCUGCGGGACGGGGUGGGCGAGAGGGUGCGGGAGGCGGCGGGCGACGCCGGCGAUGCCGGCAUCCUGCGGGAGCUGCACCGCAAACUGGACGGGCUGGUGAGGUCCCAGCACGAGGCCUUGCAACUCGUUGCAGAGAUGGAAGGUGACGGCACCCAUAGGGACGGCGGGUCGCCAGGCGAGCCGGAGGGGGUGCUGGGCCAACUGGUGGAGGAGCCGGGGACGGCAGUGGGUCCCUGCGUGGCGCCGGAGCGGGACACCGGCACCGCCGCCCUGUGUGGCCGGGAGGUGGCCGGGGAGGUGGCGGGGGACGAGGCCGGGAGGUGGCGGGCGGCGGCGGCGGAGGCGAAGCGGGCGGCGGAGGCGCGGGCGGCCGAGCGGGAGCGGGAGGCGCGGGAGCUGCGGGAGACGGCGCAGGGGCUGGAGCGCAGCGUGGGCAACCUGCGGGCCCGGACGGGCGAGCUGGCCAGCGCCUGCCGUGACAAGGACGCGAAGAUGAAGAAGCUGCUGGUGGAGACGGAGAAGCUGUCGGCGGAGGUGCUGGGGCUCCGCAGCCAGAACGCCCGGCUCCAGCUCCAGCUGGAGGUCCAGCAGAAAAACCACCGGGACAUCGUGGCCAUCUAUAGGACCCACCUGCUCAAUGCUGCCCAGGGCUUCAUGGACGAGGGGGUCCACGCCAUGCUGCUGCGGAUCCUGCGGACGGAGGAGUGAGGGGCAGGACGGGGGCCAGGCCCGUCACCCCCCCACCACACACACCCCACGCCAAGCCAUUAAACUGGAAAAGCCGCGUGUCCCCAUCUCGUGUCCCCGUCCGCAGCCGGGGAGGGUCGAGGUGGCGGGUCCUG